GAUCACCAUCAUAUCAGUUAUUGAAAAGAAAUUGACAGUACCCAAUCGUGAUGGUGAAAAGAAUAAACAAAUUCGUACUCCAUUAGAAGAAGUAACGAGAUCUAAAAGAACCUACAAAUUAUCACAUUGUUAG